CGCAACUCUCGCGAUAUUUUGAAACACAUGGCCGUCCCCAGUGUUUACAACUUCUCGCAAUGAACUGAUGAAAAAAGCCCUUAAGACCAGAAGAAGAAGAAGACCGUUGAAUAUUUCUGUGAACCAUUCGUAGUCUCCGGCUCACGGAGAAACUUUAAAACCAUCGAGGGGAAAAGUGUGCAUAGCCAAAUUGCAAGCAGGCCACAACACAGGAUAGUCGGUGCUGUGAUGUCCUCGACCCCCAGCAGACUCAAACACCCACACUGCAGGAAGAAGCACUAUCCUAGUAGCACCUACCUCACCCACGUCUGACAGCCAACCACCGGGCUCAAGGCAUUCGUAAGCCAGGCAGAGGACUUGACAGGACAGAUUGAGAAACCAAGAGAGAUGUCUGACUCAGCUGGAAGUGGUGAGAGCGGUGGUGUGGCAGGCGCAACGCAGGAGGCAGAAGCGGAUAAUGAGCCACCUCAUCAGGCACCAGCUUUGCACAAAGGUGACGAUUUAGAGGUGGAGGUGACCUCAGAGGAAGGGGUACCAUCGUCUGCCAAGCGACCCAGGAUGAGCGAGGAGGAACAAGGACUGGAGCAGGUGGCAAAGUCUGUCAUUCUGCAUGAAGAAACACCGUCAUACACCAGCUUGCUGCAGGAAGAUCCGGCCCCGCCAGCACAAAUAACAGGAGAACCACUACAAUGUGAGGACGGGCGAGUAGGGGAAGAGGAACCAGUAAGUGGGGGAGGUGAAGAAGAAUGCCAUCAGAAUGGAGACGGAGGCCAUGAUGCCCACUUAGACGAUGGAGAGGCCAAACCUGAGGAGGAGCACAACGGUAACCUAUCUGCAGACAGCCCCAGUGAAGGACAGCGCCUUGGCCUAGAUUUUACCCAAAACCCCCAGAUGCUGACUGGUUCCUGGACGGAGUACUCCAACGUUCCAGAAAAUUACCUCAAAGGCUGCAAAUGGGCUCCUGAUGGUUCCUGUAUCCUGACCAACAGUGCAGACAAUGUGCUCCGUGUGUACAACCUGCCUCCAGAGAUUUACAGCUACAACUGGGACUUGCUCAGUGAGAUGAGUCCAGUGCUGAGGAUGGCAGAGGGAGACACCAUCUACGACUACUGCUGGUACCCCAAGAUGACCUCUCUGGACGCAGACACUUGCUUUCUAGCCAGCAGUAGCCGUGACAACCCAGUCCACUUGUGGGAUGCAUUUUACGGGGAGGUGCGAGCCAGUUUCCGACCCUACAAUCACCUGGACGAGCUGACAGCAGCCCACUCCCUCUGCUUCUCGCCCGAUGGAACGCAGCUCUACUGCGGCUUUGACAAAAUGGUCAGGGUCUUCUACACUGACCGUCCUGGAAGAGACUGUGAGGAGCGGCCCACCAUCGUGAAGAAGCAGGGCCAAAGUGGCAUCAUCUCCUGCUUUGGCUUCAGCCCCUGCCAGUCUGUUUACGCCUGUGGCUCUUACUCCCGCUGCGCUGGCCUCUACUGCUGCCAAGACGGCACCCAGCUGGCUCUGCUGCCGACCCGCCACCACGGAGGCCUCACCCAUCUGCUCUUCUCCCCCGACGGCAACUACCUGUACACCGGCGGGCGCAAGGAUCCAGAGAUCCUGUGCUGGGACCUCAGAGACCCAGGAAAGGUUUUGUUUUCACUCAAGAGAAAUGUGGCCACUAACCAACGCAUCUACUUUGAUCUGGACCUGUCAGGCAGGUACCUGCUGAGUGGCGACACAGAGGGAGUGGUGUCGGUGUUGGACACCAAGACAGCUCCACCUGAGGGUAACGAGGAGCUACUGCAACCUCAGCUCAGGUUCAAGGCCCAUUGGGACUGCACCAACGGCAUCAGUAUUCAUCCCUUCAUGCCACUGUUGGCAACAUCCAGCGGGCAACGGCAGUUCCCGUCGCCCGGCGAGAGUGAGGGGGACUCGGCCUCUGAGGGCGAGGGAGGUGAAGCUGUGAUGUCGCCUCAGGAGACCCGGCAGGACAACGCCCUGUCUCUGUGGUGGGCCGGGCCUCUGGGCCCUGCUGCCGAGGGGAGCCAAGAGCAGACUACAGAGGUGGUGGAGGCCUGAAGCUCUAUUAGUUCAGCCAGCUGACAAAAAUUGAGUUACACCUGUCAUGUGAUAUUUAUUUUUAGAAUGCUUUGCUAUGGAUAAAGCUUUAGCAAGUAUUUCAGCCAUCAGCAACAUGAAGUCCUGGAUUGGGAAAGUAUUUCUGGAUCAUUUUUAAACAUCUGGUUACCAUAAACAUUUACAGUCACAGUAACUUUCUGAAAUUGAAUCCUAACAUAUUAUCUGCAAGUUUACAACAUUUACUGGCACUCUACUCCCACUUGCAGAGAUCAAAUUAAAGGAUCAGGUUACUGCAGUACAGAUUUUCAGGGUUCUGUGUGUGAAGACUUCAUUGUUGUAAUGCCAGUUUGGUAAAUAAGAAUCUGCCAGAACUGGUCAAUGCUAAAAGCAAGCAGGUUGAGACCAGAUGUGGAGUACAAAAAAAAUUGGAUGAGGACCUGAUUUUUCUCAAUUUAGUUAUUUAAUGAGUGGAAGAAUGUUUAAAUGUUUAGAUAUAAUGAAUCCUUAGCGCAACUUUUUUUUCACGGUGAAUGUGCUUCCUGAAUUUGGAAGAAUUUUGAGGGCCUUCCCUGGCGUGAAACGGCCCAGUGUCGGUCUACUGACUGCGCCUCCGAUCUGAGUUGUAUCUGUGGGAGUGUUUGUUUACGUGUGUGGCUGUAAUGCUGCCCCGGAGAUUCCUAACUGCUAUAGUUACAGUAAGUGCCAUUUGUUGUUGAGCUUUGCUUUUGUAAACUGAUGGGAUCUUCUGUUUUUACCUUCUUUUUUAAACUAUUAGACGCACCAAGUGUUGUGUCUCUCUGUGCAUGCCCACAAAUGUAUAUUUUUGUAAAGCCGUGAUGAUCAUUCAAAUUUUUCAAAUGUAUACUCUGUAAGCAGCUAGCUUGAUUACCGUAACCUCAUAACAAUCUGUGAAAGUCUGUAAGUAGUAAGUAGUUUUCUACAGAUUGGGCUAGGAUUACAUUUGUACCUGUGUGAGUGGUGAUGUGGCAGCACAAAACCCAUUUUUUUGUAUAAUUGCAUUAAUAAUGUACUGCAGUGAUUUGGUCAAUGCUUGUGUUGCCAUCACGGGGUGUGCUUUGCUUUAUUUUAUUUUUUUUGCAGGUAGUUCAGAGGAAGCACAACAUGCUCCAGCUAAAGCCUUGUGUCUUUGACACUGACGAGUCAAUCAAUGUUCAAGCCUCUGCUGAUCCAGGUUUCACUUCUUGGAACUCAAAUUUGUUGCCAAGCAAUAGCAGGUACGAUUGUGUAGCUGCUAUAACACAAUACUAGAGAUUUGAAUUACCAGGAAGCAUUGGGAACCAUGUAGACCUCAAUGAUAUGACUUACCUCUCUAGAUGGAUGGCUGUGUCUGCUACAGGUGGCUUUCUGGUGUUUUUAUUCAAGCUGCACUGAAUUAAA